GACAAGAAGAAAAGGAAUCCGAGGGGUGGGGCUAACGUCUCGCAACGCUGGCUGACCCAGGACGCAAGAGGAGGAAUUGUGUUGGUACAUUUGGAAGACGAGGCAGGGGGGUCACUUUGCGCGCCGAUCGUCGCCUUCACAUACACACACACAGCCUUGUCUGCACGGCCGAAACCCUUCCGAUCCCCAAUGGCGAGUUGACUAUAUACGUCCGUAAGCAAGAGCUACGAGCAACAUCAGCAGCGAUGACGACGGCUCACGACGUAUACGAUCCCGACGCGGUGGUGCCCCAGAAUAGCCCCCUUCUUGUCGCCAGAAAGGUGAACACCCAACCAAGCCCUAGCCCUGAACCUGAACUCCCGCGGGUUCAAAUCAGUCCUCCUCCCAGAUCUCAGAACGGGAAAGCUAAACGGCCAAAGGUACGACCAAGCCAGGGCGAUGCCGUCCUCAUUGGGAUCAUGGGCAACGGGAGGGAUCCCGAGAUUGCUGCACAAGCUGGACAGGUCGCGUUGGUCAGCGACUCGGAGGGUUCGACGUCUCCAGAUUCUGAUGACGCCGACGCCGACGAGCGCGAUCUUGCGAGCGCUCCCAUGGAUAUCAGGGGCCGGAGGAAGGCCGACAGUGACGACGGCGAGGUCGACGUGAUUGAGACGGGCGCGCUCUCCCCAGAGUCCUCGCUGGCAGACACGGCCUUGGCUGCCCUCGCCCUGGGGGACCGACACUCGGUGAGUGAUGACGGGCGGGCGCCAGCCACGUUCCCAGACCUGGCCACAGGAAGACCGCAAACCGCCGUUCGGAGAGACGACAUACAGCACCGUGUGAUCUCAUCACCCUACAGCCCAAGCAGCAUCUACUCACCAAGGACGGGAAGUUUCGCCUCGCCCACCGGGAGCGUCGGCCAUGGUGAGCUGGCGCCAAUCCAGAACACGUCGCCCAGGUCCGAGUCGAAUGCCGGACUGACGCUCCCGUCGCUCAAGGAGUCGCUAGGAGCCGAGGCGCUCUCGCCAGCAUCCUUUUCCCAAUCUCCUACGGGAGGUUUGCCUGUUGGCAUGAGCCUAAUACACUCCAGCCACGUGUCCCCCCCAAUUUCGCCGCAGGAUAUGCUACCACGGUCACCCCACCAGCCCUUUAUACCACCAGGCCCAUAUCACCCCUUUCUAGGCAACGGGAUGCCGCACCGGCCCAGUAUGGACUACAGCGGUAGCACCCCAAGCGAUCAGUCGGUCUCUACCCCUGCUACGAGCACGUCUGUUGCGGAAAGGAUGAAUCUCGAUGGCAUUGCCUUUGCCAACCCCAUGGAUCAUGGCCAGUACCAUUGCAGCUUUGAAGGAUGCAAGGCCCCUCCUUUCCAAACGCAAUAUCUGUUGAAUUCCCACGCAAAUGUGCACUCACAAGCACGGCCCCAUUAUUGUCCAGUCAAGGGCUGUCCUCGCUCAGAAGGUGGCAAGGGCUUUAAACGGAAGAACGAAAUGAUCCGCCACGGACUGGUUCACGAAUCACCUGGUUAUGUGUGUCCAUUCUGUCCAGAUCGAGAACACAAAUAUCCCAGGCCAGAUAACCUACAAAGACAUGUUCGGGUGCACCAUCCAGACAAGGACAAGGACGAUAUGAUUCUACGAAGUGUUCUCUCGCAAAGACCAGACGGACCGAGCCGUGGCCGUAGGCGGCGGGGUGCAAGCUGA